UCCACCGACCCUGGAGGAGAACCGGUGCGGGCGAAAGGGAGAACUCCAGCCGGUCUGUCCUCACCACAUGCCCGCAUGACAACGACGACGACGAUGGUGUUGAUGAAGCGGAAAGGAGUCGAGCAGGGCGGACAAACGGUGCGCCAUGAAUGACAGGUACCACAAGGCGGCCCGGGACGGGUACCUGGACCUGCUGAAGGAGGCGACGCGGAAGGAUCUCAACGCGCCGGAUGAGGAUGGCAUGACACCGACGCUGUGGGCUGCCUUUCACGGCAACCUGGAGGCCCUGCGGCUCAUCGUGGCGAGGGGAGGAAACCCCGACAAGUGUGACAUGUGGGGGAACACGCCGCUCCACCUGGCAGCCGCCAACGGUCACCACAACUGCCUUUUCUUCCUGGUGUGUUUCGGUGCCAACAUCUGGUGCCUGGACAACGACUACCACACGCCGUUGGACAUGGCCGCCACGAAGAACCACAUGGAUUGCGUCCGCUACCUGGAUUCCAUCGCCUCCAAACAGACGGGCCUCAACCCCAAGCUGGUCGGAAAGCUGAAGGAUCGGGCGUUUCGUGAGGCCGAGCGGCGGAUCAAAGAGUGCAUGAAGAUGCAGAAGAAACACCAGAAGCGCAUGGAGAGAAAGUUCCACCGGGAGACCUCUGAGGCGUCGGCAUCGGACGUCAUGAGUUUUUCCAGUUACAACAGCAGCUCUGUUAGCCACAAGCUGUACAACUUCAAUGCUGCUACCGUCAGUGUGCCAUAUUCACAGGCUACUCUCCAUGCCACAAAUCGAGGGAAGACAAAGAUCCAAAAGAAGCUGGAUAAGAGGAAACAAGGAGACGGCACCUUUAAAAUCUAUGAGGACGGACGAAAGAGUGUCCGCUCCCUCUCUGGACUUCAGCUGGGCAACGAUGUCAUGUUUGUCAAACAGGGGACGUACGCGAACACAAAGGACCGCGGCCGCCGCAAUGUCCGGGACAUGUUCCCCCGGGACAAUGACGAUGCCAUUUCACGUGCCAUGAGCGAGCCAGAUCUCCACAGGCCCGAUGUGGACUAUUCUGAGAUCAGCACAGACUCGGGACAUGAUUCCCUGUUCAACCGGCCCGGUCUGGGCACCAUGGUCUUCAGGAGGAACUAUGUGAGUGGUGGGCUGUUUGACCUUAGUGGUCGGGAUGAGGCCAGUGCGGACCAGUCGGGCAGCAACGUGCGAUUACGCAGUCGGCUGCAGCCAUACCCGAGUCUAGACGAAGACAGCAUCGGCAGCGCGCGCAGCCUACAGGAGAGGAACGCUGAGGAGCUGCCCUGGGAUGAAGUGGAGUUAGGGCUGGACGACGAUGACGAGCCCGAGACGAGUCCUCUGGAAGUCUUCCUGGCUGCACAGAGCAUGGGCGAGUUUAACUCCAUCUUCAAGAGGGAGAAGAUUGAUCUCGAAGCACUGCUGCUGUGCUCUGACCGCGACCUCAAGAGUAUCCACAUCCCCUUAGGCCCGAGGAAAAAGAUCCUAGAUGCCUGUAAGAGACGGCUGGAGUCCAUAGAGGAGCCGGACGGCAUCGAGGAUACAACGCUGUGAUGUCUGACAUUUUCAUUUGCCCAGUGUGGUAAGGAACAACAACAUAUUGUUUUUCUAGUUGUCUCUGUGCUCCAGCACACUGGAUUUAAUAUGAAACUAGAUACGUGAGGGAGUGCCAACAUUCAACCCACCUCAGAUGAAGAGUAUGGGACUUAUGUACCUUUCUAUAGAAGAAGAAUCUGCAAUGUUUAGAGGCGAGCAGCUGCACCUUGCUUUUGCAAACCGACAUUUCUAUAUGCACCACCUCAUACCUGGGCUAUCUGCAUCGUUAUUCUACAAAUGCCUGUAAUCGGGGGGCUUGGUUGGCUUCAAGCAGAAGAGUCACACUCUAGGCUUCACUACAGUCAGUGGAUUUCUUGCUUAUUUUGGGACCUUUGUUCUGGUUUUUAUUAUGUGUUUAAUUGGGAUUUAGGUAAAAUGGCUAAACUUUUCAGGAGAAGACCAUCCAGACAGCCUGUGAACAUUCUCAAUCACUCUUUUAAGUUAAUAUAUCAGGAUCAUAACCUUGCAGGGAUACGUUUUAAAUUCAUUUUUCCUGGAUUUGAGACAAUAAAUAACAAAUAUAUUACUGUCCAAAUAAUAAUGGACCGCUUUGGACAUGUUGCUUCUUGCCGUUAAGCCACUGAGAAAAUGUGUUGUGUAAAGAAACCCUCUUCGGUUACAAACAUGGAUUCUCCAGCUGUGUGCUUAUCCAGCCUUAAAGGUCAGUGGACCAUUGUGGAGUGAAUGUCACAGGGAGGACUUAAUGAUUUACCUCCCGUUUUAACCCAGUGGUAACAAAGCAGAAAGGAUACUGUCAAGAUGAAUACGUCAAAGCAAGAAGACACGAGCGAGAUAAAUUGUUAACGGGAUUCGUUGUACAGCGUCGGCCUCGGCCUCAGGAUCACUGAAAAUAUCUCUGUAAGUCGAUUGGUUGGAGGCCUCUGUGCUGCGUGGUUUAACAAACUGAAAGACGGUCAUCGAGUGUAGUGCCGUGCCGUGCCGUUGUAUGCCAUGUGGCAUCGUCAACAAAGAGUUGAUUGUGGGGUUUGUGUCCCCUGGAUGCGUUUGCCCCUGUGGGGUAAAUCCUACCACCUCAUGUGCCUGCAUUGAUUGUGCCUGUGCAUUUGCUUAAAAGUUUAUUUUUGUCAUAACAAAAAACAACAUUCGACAUUGACUUCAUUGUAACUUUAUUAAUAACCUUCACCAUAACUUUUUGAGAAGCAUUUUCAUUUUCACACGCUGUUUCCUUGCCGAUGCAUUUUUGUGUCUCUGCAGGCCAACUGUUCAUUGAAGUUACUGUUGUGAUAUUGUAAAAGCCUGUAAAAACACCAUAUUGAGCUUAUUUUAUAAUAGAAAUGAUUAUUUAUAAUGUUUAUACUGUAGGAGGAUUAUAAACCUUUGUAUGUCACUCA